AUGGACGAAUCUUGGCGUAUGAAGAUGGGUUUAAGCGUUGAUCCAUUCUUCUCCAUUGCUCGUAAAUCAAUGGAUGCUCGUAUCGACGCGGAAGACUUCGCUGAUGUUUUCGGCGGUCCGCCGCGAAGCGUUCUCACCCGAAAAUUUUCCGGCGACUUCUCUCGUUCCGACUGUUUCUACGACGAGAUUUUUCAGCCUCCGGGAACUUUCUCCUCCGGCGGCUCUCUUGCGUCUUCUAAAUCUCACGGAAGAAACUUACCGGCAUUCAGAAUUCCGUCCGGCGGGGAAGGAUUUUACGACGGCGUGUUUGGUGGUCGCGGCGGUUCUGCGAAGGAAGGAUCGAAAAAACAGAGCUCGAUGACGAAACCAAGAUCGAAUUCAUCGUCGAUGCUCUCUUCCGAGGAGGCCAGUCCUCACUAUCCUCCACCAGCGGCAGCUUCCGGCGACGACUCCGGAUUCUCUUCUUUCACUUCUAGACUUAGACCGUUAAACGUCCCGUCGAGAAGUCAUAAACGAGAGUCAAAGAAACAGAGUUUCUCGGCGGUUCCAAAAGCAAAAGAUUCAUUUUCCGGCCAAAAUAACACACCGGAAAAAGCUGAUUUCUACUACAAAAAAACACAUUUCGGCGGAUCAAGAAGAGCCUCGCCAGAAACCAUAAGCUUGGAUCCGAAUUCCUUCAGAAGAAUGGAUGACUACGGACCAAGCUCCCCUGCAUCUUCCCCUGUUUCUUCCUUCAUCUGCGAAGAAGAAGACGACAACACUCAUGCUAAACAGAGAACAAACAGAGACUGUAAAGUCGAAGAGGUAGUAGUAGAAGAUGAAGAAGACGAAGAAGAAGAAGAGAUGAGCUCUUACGUCAUCGAGAUAAACUCAGAUCGAUUCGACCGAUACAGAGAAGAAGGAGGAGGAGGAGGAGGAAAUUCAGAUUCAAACGACAUGGAUGAAGCAAUAGCUUGGGCUAAAGAAAGAUCUCAAAGACCAGAAGCAAAGCAAACAGAAGAAGAUGUAAUCGAUUCGAGAAGAAGUGAAGAAGAACCCAAAUCAGAAGAAGAGAUGGAGAUGGAGAUGAAAGAUGAAGAGAUAAGAAUCUGGUUAACCGGAAAAGAGACAAACAUUAGACUUCUCCUCUCAACUUUACAUCAUGUUCUUUGGUCAAAUAGCAAUUGGGAUUCGAUUCCUUUAGCAAAUCUUCGAGAUGGAUCACAAGUGAAGAAAGCUUAUCAAAGAGCUCGGCUUUGUUUACAUCCAGAUAAGCUACAACAAAGAGGAGGAACUUCACCGAUUCAAAAAUCUGUCGCGAGUAGAGUUUUCGCCAUUCUUCAGGUACUAAACCAAUAUCGGUUCAACUUGUAAGCUUCGUUUUUAAUGUUCUAGUCAUUAACUCUUAAGACUUGACUUGUGGAAAUUGUAGGAAGCAUGGGCUGUGUACGUAACAAAUGAAGGACUCUCGAGCUAAACCGGAAUCCGCAAACUACAUUCUUUUGGUUUAUAUUAAACCAGAAGAAUCGGUUUAUAAUCAUGUAAGAAGAAUAAGAGCAAAGUUAAAGGAAAAGUUUGUUUGUUUUUUUGUAAAAGACUAAAAGUCAUAUGAACAUUCCCAUGUGUUGCCUUUGUAUAUUCCAUUGUCAAUGUUCUUAUAUACAGAAAACAACAAAAUGCUGGAAAACUACUUUAAGAACAAAUUAAUCCGUGAAUCAAA